GCCACAUUCUCUUCUUGUUACUCCAGAAGAAAUGAGCUAUAAAGUCAGAAGGGUUUCACUCCAAAACCUUUAGGAAGGAGUGCUCAGGUUUCACAUCUCCAGGGAAGAGCUGAUCUUUCCAGAGCCUCAUAUGGGAAGCAUGUCCUGAAAGGUGACUGAUUCCUUAGGUGUGCACCUGAUUCUUCCCCUCACUGUCUGAUAAAACAUCAUAAAUCAUGAGAACAUUUACUAAAUCUUGGAUUCCUCAGUGUUUGUGGAUUCUCAGGUCACCUUCCAGAGCAUUCCAUGGAAACAAGAGGCUUCUUACAUCUCAGAUUAUUUCUUACUAUGAAUCUAUAAAUCAGUACAAAAAGGAACUGCCAGAAUAUUUCAACUUUGCAAGUGAUGUCUUAGAUGAGUGGGCACGACUGGAAAAGGAUGGAAGAAAACCAGCAAAUCCAGCUCUUUGGUGGGUCAAUGAUGCGGGAGAGGAGGUGAAGUGGAGCUUUGAAGAGCUGGGCUCUCUGUCCAGAAAGGCAGCCAAUGUCCUUUCUGAGGCCUGUGGCUUGCAGAGAGGAGACAGGGUUAUAGCAGUUCUGCCUCGUGUUCCUGAGUGGUGGCUCCUGAAUGUGGCCUGCAUGCGAGCAGGAAUUGUUCUUAUUCCAGGAACAUCCCAACUAACAGCCAAAGACAUCUCAUACCGCCUCCAGGCUUCAAAGGCCAAGUGCUUCAUUACUGAUGACACUCUGGCACCUGCAGUGGAACCUGUCCUGCUAGGCAGCCAGUUCCUGAAAAGUAAACUCCUUGUAGGCCAGGGGAGCAGGGAUGGGUGGCUGAACCUCAAAGAACUCCUUGCGGUUGCAUCUGCUGACCAUCAAUGUGUCAAGACGAGGAGUCAAGAGCCAAUGAUAGUGUAUUUUACCAGUGGAACUACAGGCUUCCCAAAAAUGGUGUUGCACUCCCAUAGCAGUUACGGCAUUGGAUUUGCAACCUCUGGCAGGUGUUGGUUGAACUUGUCUCCUUCAGAUAUAAUAUGGAAUACCUCUGAUACUGGCUGGGCAAAAUCAGCCUAUGGCAGUGUUUUUGGACCGUGGAUCUGUGGAGCCUGUGUCUUUGUACACAAUAUGCCACAGUUUAAACCAGAAGUUACUGCAGAGACUCUCUCAAGAUAUCCCAUCACCACCUUCUGCACGGCUCCCACCGCCUUCCACAUGCUGGUCCAGCACGAUAUGAGCAGCUACAAGUUCCCGAGUCUGAAACACUGUGUAACUGGAGGAGAAGGACUGAAUCCUGAAGUGUUUGCAAAGUGGAAAAUCCAGACAGGGAUAGAGAUCCAUGAAGGUUAUGGCCAGAGCGAAACAGUGGUAAUCUGUGCCAAUAUGAAAGGGAUGAAAAUUAAACCUGGCUCUUUGGGAAAAGCUGUUCCCCCUUACGAUGUGCAGAUCGUAGAUGACCAUGGGGCUGUUGUGCCUGCGGGAGAAGAGGGCACCAUUGCUGUCCGAGUGCGACCCACACGACCCUUCUGUAUGUUCUCCGGGUACUUGGAUAAUCCAGAGAAAACUGCGGCCACUGUGCGUGGAGAUUUUUAUCUCACUGGGGACAGAGGCAUUAUGGAUGAAGAGGGAUAUGUCUGGUUUGUUGGAAGAGAUGAUGAUGUCAUUAAUUCUGCUGGGUACCGCAUUGGCCCGUUUGAAGUGGAGAGUGCGUUGAUAGAGCACCCGGCAGUGGCAGAGGCGGCUGUUGUCAGCAGCCCCGACCCAGUGCGAGGGGAGGUGGUCAAAGCCUUCGUUGUUUUAGCUCCUGCUUUUGUAUCACACGAUCCGGAAAAAUUAACUCUUGAACUUCAACAGCAUGUCAAGAAGGUGACUGCACCUUACAAGUAUCCAAGGAAGGUGGAGUUUGUUCAGGAUCUGCCAAAGACAGUUUCUGGGAAAAUCCAGAGAAAGGUUCUAAGGAACAAAGAGUGGGAAAACGUAUCGAAGAAGCAAUAGUGAUCUGGAAAACGAGGAGAGAAAUAUUCCACUACCUGUACCAGCCAUAACACAUGAAACAUGGCAUGUGUUUAUGUCCCAGAACACUUGGAAACAUUUAGGAAAAACAAACUGUAGAAGAAAAAGUAGAAAAUACACUGGUUGAAGAUAUGUGCUAUUGGAAUCACUUUUGCCAUGGACCUACAAUUUUUCAGAAGGCAAGAUUUGCUAAGUAAUUCAGAGUGGGGGGG